UUUGUAGGCCUCACAAGUGGGCUUACUCCUUGUUAAACUUGGGUUGGGCUUCUUUUUUGUUGCAACUUCUAAAAGCCCAUUAAAUUUUGGCAACUUGAUUUGUUGUAGUGAAUUGUACCCAAGUGUAAUGCUUAUGGCAAAUUUGUAAUAUUGGACAUAACAUCUCUAUCUACACAAGUUAAGUUACAAUAAGGUUUGUGAACACACUACUUUCUCCAGACUCCACUUGUGGAUUACAUUCGGUAUGUUGUUGUUGUUAGUAUGAUUUAGUUGUUGUGAACAACUAUAACACAGAACAGUUGGUUGUUAUGUGUACACUAUCCUCUAUACCAUUUUUUGUAAUGUGUUACAUAUGAUUUUGUCUUUAAGUCAGUAAAGUUGGUUCUUUGUAUAUGUGGUUGGGAAAAAUUUAUGUAGGAGAUAUUUAUCUCAAGUUCACAUUUCUAUUUUUUUUGCGGGGCCAUUGAAUGGUAAGUGUUUGGAUUGGAAUCUCCCUAGUUUGAUUUCAUCUUCUCUAUCAUUUGAAAAAACUCAAUAUGGAGGAUGAGACGGAAACUGAAAAAUCUCCGAUUACUACCCGUGUGAUACUUCUUUCCCAAAAACAGUCUUAUGGAAUACGAGUAGAGAUUGUUGUACAUGGGAUGGAUUACAACUUGAUUACAGAACAUUGGACACAAUACUUCAUAACUUCACAAAAACCUGUGAAUUUCCCAAAAACAGUCUUAUGGAAUGCGAGUAGAGAUUGCUGUACACUUUCUCUCCCUGAUGUCAACAUCUCAUCUCCGAUACCUAUGAAUUUGUCUUCCUCCUUAAGGUGAAAUGCUCGACGUUUUCUCUAACCUCCAAGAGCUUACAUCUUUCUGACAACAUGAAUUAUGCGGUUCCUAAACCUUUCGCAUAAUUCAUUAACAAGCCACCUAGCUACCACAAGUUCAUUACAACAAUCUAGAGUAUCUUGAUCUUAAAUUUAACUUCUUUCAGGGUCCACUACCUUCAUCCAUUUGUAACAUGAGCUAGCUUGAAUUUCUAGAUUUAUCACACAACAACUUCAGUAACUCGAUUACAAGUUGCUUGGGAAGUAUGGCUAGUUUAAGGGUGUUGGACUUAAGAAGGAACAAUUUCAGAGGGAGUCUUCCACCAUUAUAAGUUAUCUACACAGCCAUGCACUCAUUAGCAGGCUCUUCAAAAAUGUCAAUGGGUAUGUGUUGGAUCUUCAAAAGUAGUGCAUUUUUAAGGAACUAACACAGAUGCAACAUCAUUAUAUAGAAGAGUCCGAGCAACAUAGCUCAUUAGUACAGCAAAAAGCAAAAAGCAGUAAGCAUAUUGAGUUUGGUUCAUGAUUGAAAUCACUUGAUUCAAUUGUUCAUCAUUACUCUCCAUUUAUCGUAAUCACUCGUAAUUGAUGAAUCACACUUAAAACGUAUGAUGAUGCUUCACCUACAUAAGGUAGAAAAACUAAAAAUGUCUACUACUUUGGUUAUUUUCCAUCUCUUCAUGUUUGAACUGUAUCAUAUUUGUCCUUUUCCCCUUGUAGUCUUUGUGGAAAUUGGUUUAAAGACUUUGGUGGAAUAUUGAUAAAAGUUUCCCUCGUUACCUUAAUGUAAAAAGUCUUAUGGAAAAUUAUAGAAUGUACCUAACAAGUUUGAAAACAGCACAAGAGACAACUACUUGGAAAUUUCUCUUAAAAUUUCUCAACAGGUGGAAUGAUCUUCACCAAGUUAUUCAAAACAUAUUUGAGAUAAUUAAAAAAUUAUUUGAGAUAAAGGAAUUGAAAUAGGUAGUUGAGUCAAUAAUAAGUUGCUUAAUAUUUAAAAAAUAGAAGUAGAGUGUCAAAUGGGGCUACACGUGCAAUGCGCGUGCUUCGAGACUUUCCCAAGUUGUGAAUUUUUGAUCUUUCUUGUAAUGAAUUCAGUGGAUCACUUCCUGGAAAAGUUUUUGGAAACUUCAAGGCAAUGAUCAAAUUAGAUGGUGAAGACACAAGAGAGAUCAAGUACAUGAAACCAUCUGAGAAGUCAUUUUACAUAAUGUAUGAGGACUCGGUGAGAUUGGUGAUCAAAGGCCAGGAAAUCGAGCUAGAAAGAAUCAACACAAUUAUGACAGCCAUAGAUAUCUCAAGCAACCAUUUUGAAGGUGUCAUUCCGAAAACACUAAAGAAUCUCAACGCUCUUUGGCUACUCAAUUUAUCCCGUAACAAUCUCAAAGGUGAUAUUCCAAUGGAAUUAGGGCAAUUGAAUACGCUUGAAGCUUUAGAACUCUCUUGGAAUUGGCUCACUGGAAAGAUUCCACAGGAAUUGACAAGAAUGAACUUUCUGGCAUUCUUAAACCUCUCUCAAAAUCUUCUUAUUGGACCAAUUCCUCACGGUCAACAAUUCAACACAUUUGGAAAUGACUCGUAUGGUGGCAACCUUGAUUUAUGUGGUCUCCCUUUAUCGAAGAAAUGUGGAACAAGUGAUUCAUCGCAUGUUCCUCAACCAAUGGAAUCCGAAGAAGAUGAAGACGAGUCAUAUUUCUUAAGUGGAUUUACUUGGGAAUCCGUAGUCAUAGGCUACAGUUUUGGACUAGUUGUUGGAACUGUCAUGUGGAGUCUCAUGUUUAAAUAUCGUAAACCAAAAUGGUUUGUAGAAUUUUUUGAUGCAAUCGUGCCUCACGAAAAUAGAAGGCCAAAGAAGAAAGCUCAGAGACAACGGACUUAAUGUUGGAAUAAUCUCAUCAACAUGCAUUUGAUAUUUUGUUCUUUUACUUUGUCUGAAUUUUCUCAUCUGUUAUUUGCUUCGACUACUGAAUUGAAGUUAUAAAAGCAGUUUUCUUUGCUUGUGCAGCACUUUA